AUGGCAGAUAAAGGCGGAGCCAAAGGAGGAGCAGGAGAGGAGGGAAAAGAAGGAGAAGAUAAAGAGCCAGAGAAAGGAUGUUGCGAUAAAUAUGCUGAAUGUUUAGUCGUGACUGGUAAAGUAAAUAAUCUAUCUCUAUAUUAAGGCUGUCUACACUUGUUGUUUGGCUGUUUGUACAUGUAUACGAGAAUGUUUGGGAUUUAUAUGGUACCCUUGUAAAGAAAGAUGUUGUGGAUGUCUUGAUAAUUGUGAUAAGCAUUACAAUUAAUGGAAAGAUGAAGGAUUUACAGAUGUAUGAAA